CCUGUUGUUGCGCUCUACGCGGUAGACAGCGACAACACGUAUAAGCGCACAAAUCAAAGACCGUAAAGUUCACAGACCGAGAGAAAGUUAAAACGGGUUUGGAUUGAAUAUCGCACUACACACCUGCUAAUCCGCUUCUGGGUCAAUUUCUGAUUACAGAAGUUUCUGGAGAAUAGAACUUUGUUCGCCGAGAUGUCCACCAAUACAAGGCGUGAAACGAGGAAUGCACGAAAUAAAUCGAAUCAAAUCAUGAGAGAUAUAGGAUACAGUAUAUUGUUCAACAUAUUCACGGUACUCCACAUAAUAGUCGAUUACCUAAUCGAACUAGUUCUCAAAUGGUACUGGGGACCAACAAGGAUGCGAUGUCCACCGUUGCAGAGAAAGCAAAUAAUUUUGACCUAUAGUGUGCAAGAGCUGGCCAGAAUGAUUCGCAACAAAGAGGUCAGCUGUCAUGAGGUGGUCAGUGCUUACAUUGAUCGCCUUAAUGAAGUGAAUCCAAUUAUUAAUGCCGUUAUCGAUGGACCAUUCAUUGAGGCAUUGGAGCAAGCUAAAGUCAUUGAUGAACGCAUACAGCGUGGGUUGAUAUCGGAAAAUGAGUUUGCUGAAAAACCUUUUUUGGGAGUUCCUUUCACUACCAAAGAUAGUACCGCCGUCAAAGAUAAGUUACACACGCUUGGAAUCGUUGCGAGAAAAAAUGUUAAGGCAAAAGAAGACGCCGAAUGUGUGAAGCUUAUGAAAGAUGCGGGAGCCAUUAUCAUUGCGACUACCAGCAUUCCAGAAAUUAACCGAUGGCAAGAAACCAGAAAUCUUCUUAUUGGGCAAACUAACAAUCCAUAUGACAGUCGUCGCACCGUGGGCGGUUCGAGUGGAGGCGAAGCGGCACUCAUCACAACAUGCGGCAGUGCCUUCGGCCUAGGUACGGACAUCGGUGGGUCGAUUCGUAUGCCGGCAUUCUACUGUGGAAUAUUUGGACACAAACCUACCUCUGGCAUUGUGAACACGCGGGGCUGUACUUUGCGUACCGGGCGUGAAGUUUCCACGAUGGUCGUCGCUGGCCCGAUGACUCGUUACGCCUCUGAUUUACGUCCAAUCAUGAAAAUAUUAGUUGGCCCAAAAAGCGCGAUUACCUUGAAACUGAAUGAACAAACUGACUUGAAAAAGCUGCGCUACUUCUACUGCACAAGUUCUGGGGAUAUUCGAUGCAGCCCUGUUCAUUCGCAACUGCAACGGGCUAUGAACAGAGUGGUGGAUCAUUUUCAAACCGUAGCUCCGGAAGGCGUUCAAAAGGUAACGUUGAAGGGUUCCGAAAAAACAAGCCAGAUGUGGCGUUAUUGGAUGACCCAGGAACCGGCAAGUUUCAACAAUUUGUUGGGUAACGGAAAGCAGCUGUCGCCGCUGGUUGAGCUUGUUAAGAAAGUUGGCGGCACUAGUGAUUACACGCUUGCGUCUGUAUACUCUCUGAUUGACAGUAUCAUGCCACCGGAAAACGCCGAUAAAAUAAAGGAAAUCACUCGUCAGUGCGAUCAGGAGCUUACGGAUCUGCUCGGAGAUGACGGGAUUUUGUUCUAUCAUAGUGCAACCCACUCGGCUCCAUAUCACUAUUCGGCCUUUGUGAAUGUGUUCAAUUUUAGCUAUUGGUGUUUGUUCAAUGUUUUGCACGUACCGGUCACUCAGGUACCACUCGGACUGGACCCGGACGGUCUGCCCCUGGGGGUACAAAUUGUAGCAACACGCAACCGUGAUCGGCACUGUUUAGCCGUGGCCGAAGAGCUUGAGCGAGUUUUCAGCGGGCACAUUCCACCAUUCAUUAUUGAUUGAGGCUGUGAACAAAGUUUAAUUGCUUAUUUAGAUAGUUUAAUAUUUUUGAUAUUUUUUUUAUUAACAGCGCGGGAUUGGUAGAGGUGUCGACAUUAGUUCUGUUGUUUCGUAGUUAUAUAUCGGGCAAUUUAACAUGAAUCCCUCUCCUAGUUUUGUAUGACUUCAAUAGCUAUUUUAAUAAGUCUCUUUUUGUGUUAAUUCUCAUUCAGCGAUAUCUACCAAUAACUUUCUACAUGAGAUGUGAGCCGAUAUCCGAUCUGUUUUGUACGGUGUAUGCAUAAUAUAUAUGUUCAUAACUAAGCACAGAGUUGCAAAGUA